AUGAGCGGUAAGCUAUGGCGACUGUGUAGAACUUUGAUCGCUAUUUCUGUUAACGACUACUGUAGGAUUGGUGUCGGAGGCCGACGCUUCCGAGGCGGGUCUAAGGGUAGUGAUGCGCCACACUACGCUCAAAUAACGCUCGGCAUCGAGAAGGAUCAUUACCGUGAUGAAGAUUUCACUCCAGGCAACGAAGGCGCCGUCCUUGACGACCAUAAAGCGUUGAAAACAAGAAAGCAAAGCGGUAAGCAGUAUUACAUUUGUCGCGUAAACAAGCGCAAGAAAUGUCGUCUAGGAAAACCGGACGACCUGGGGGAACUCGCAAAACAUCGGGCAGCGACAACGACUAUAAGUGACAAGGGCAAUAACAAGCGACCACGAGCUCCUGAAGACGACAAAUCACUGUGUAACAAACCCGUGAAGCCCACGAAGAAAAAAGAAUCGAAGCGGCCUGAUAUUGAGAACAUAUUGAAGAAAGUGGAGACUGGCAAGAAAAUGGAGAAUGGCGAGGAAGUGGAUAGUAACAAGAAAGUGGAGAGCGCGGAAGGUGGCGAGAUAGUAGAGAGUGUGGAGGCGCCGAAGAAUAUGGAGAGUGGUCAUAGUGUGGAGGGGUCAGAGCGUGAGCGUGGUGAGAAUGGGGAGAGUGAAGCGGAGAAGCAAGCGUCAAAGAGAAGAGUGGAGAGUGUGGAUAGUGUGAAGAGUGCCAAGAAUGUGGAGAACAAGGACACUGUCGAGAGCGUGGGAAGUACAGAGUACCUGGAGGGCGUGGAUACAAUGGCUAGCAGCGAAGGAGAUUUCGAUGGGUACAAGCCACGCAAGCGAGGUAGCCAGCAUAUUGCUGAGCUUGAUACUAUGGCAGUGCAGCAAGAACAAAAUGUGAAUAUCAUCGCCUCAUCUCCCAAAGUGCCGACCAAGUAG